AGGUGAAGUGAGACGUGGUUGAAGGGGAAAACAAGGCGGAUUUUUGGGCAUUUUUCUAGGCCAGACCAGAGUCUAAGCCAAAGCCUAAGCCUAAGCCUACUCGAAACCUGGACCGAAAACCGAAAAUUAAAAUGACAACCGUAAGCUGCUCGCCAAGCCUCGCCGACAUUCGGGCCCUCCAGGCCGACAAUUUGGACCGUCUUCGUGACUCCCUUCAACAGAUUAACAUUCGCGAUGUGGUUCCGCUGCUGGUCGCCCGGAAUGUGCUCAGAUCCUAUGAGAUGGGAGCUCUUUACGAGAAGGGCUCGGGCGAGCAAGUUGAUGCUCUAAUCGACCUGUUGAAGACCAAAAAUCACUGGGUCGGCCCGCUAACUGAUGCACUGAUCAGAAAUGGAAAAGCACCGAUUGCCACGAUUCUUCUCGAACUUCAAACUGGAAAAUAAUAUUGAUUUUUCUGUAAAAUUUGCGGCAACAUUCCUAAAAUUUUGUAAAUUUAUUCAAAACUGAUAAGAAAAAUUGAUUGAUCGAAUGAAUUUUAAAAGAAAAAGAAAUGUAUUAUG